UUUUUUUAAGUUGUGUUUUCAACUAGAUUCUUUCUCCACUCUCUUUCUCUUAUUUACCUUUCUAUAUAUAUCAUGACUGGAUCAACACUUACUGAUGCUGAAAUCAAUCACUUGCAAGCCAAGUUUGAUUCCCUUACAAAAGGAAAUGGCAUGACUGCAGAAACAUUAAAACAAAUCUAUAAAAUGGCCAAGAUUGAUGUUACUGAUGCUGAAAUCAAUGCUCAGAUUGCUGCUGCUGAUGCAAAAGGAAAUGGAAAGAUCGAUUUUGAAGACUUUUUGGCUGUAAUGACCAAGCAACACGAAACAAAUGCUGAGGAAGGCGUUCUUAAGGUGUUUGAAAUGAUAGAUUCUGAUGGUGAUGGUCAAAUCAAUGGUGAUGAUUUAAAACGUGCUGUGGCUAUGUUUGGUAAUUCUGUUACAGAUGCUGAUGUCGAGGAAAUGAUGGCCUCAGCCGAUGUUGAUGGUGAUGGUCUGAUUAAUUAUGAAGAAUUCUUAAAGAUCAUGACACCUUCCAAGGUGAAUGGACAAAGUUUGUUUUAAAUUGUUC